AUGUCCACCACAGUUGUAAUGGACCCCAUAUUGGUGUCACAGGCAGCCUCCAAGCUUACCGGCAAAGACAAGACCUUAUUGAAUAAAACUACUGGCAUCCCUUACCCAAAUCCCCACCUCCUAGACCCAGCUGUCUGUCGCCAAACUCUCUCCAACAAUCAAUGGGCCAAGUGGUUCUGCCGAGACGCUGCACAUGAUGCAAAACGUUUGAAAGACAAAACUCCCACCUACCGUAUGAAGGGUGUCUGGCUCCAAGACUUCAUAGAGGGCCCCAAGAAUAUGGCCCGGGCCAAGGACGCGGCUCAACAUACUAUGCGAGAGAUGUCUACCUGGGAAACCCUUGGUGGCUUAUUUUACUCGAAGGCAGUGCUGGGCCUGCUCCAAAAUUGGGCCCCUUUGCUUACAAUUACUACUGUUCCUGGGCCCAACACUCCCUCGUCUAUGGGGAGAUCCUCUGACAAUUUAUAUUGGGCAGCCGAAGAGGGCGAAAAGGCAUACUUUGAUGGUAUCCAGGAUAGUGUGCUUGCCAAGGCCAUGGUGGCUGUACAAACCCUCCUCCACCACAUAGACAUCCAUAAAAGCCCCUGGGAUGGACACCAUGGCCAGAAAUACCAUCUCCUGCAAUACGUUAAGGUUGAUGGCACUCAGGACUUGGAAGACCCACAUGAAGAUGGCAUACGUAGGAGCUUUAUCCAUGCAGGUACUGAAUACAUCUACGAAGACCAUACUGUUGCAUCUGAGCGUACUGGUGCCAGACACCUAGUACACACAUGGCCAGAUCAGGCCCAUGAUCCUAUCAUUCACGGCCUUCAUCCCUUGGCUGACAUGGUCUCUAACGCUCAUGGAGCCCUACAUGUCCAUGCAUAUUUUGAGGACACCCAAGAGUUGGCCAUUCUGUUGGGAGAAAUGUUCCAUGUAUCAUUUCCAGCAUUCUAUGCCAAGUAUGAAGCUGCCUUUCUCACUGGCCAUUGGAUGGUAACUGAUCCAGGUUUUGACGUCACCAUACAUUGGUCACCAGGACAUGAAGGAAUUCACGGCAACAAACAUGCUGACAAGGAAGCCAAAUUAGCAGCCACAGGCAAACGGAACAACAGCAAGAAAAGUCAACUACCCCAUUAUCUACGCCAAGGAAUCCUCCCUCUCAGCAUAUCCGCCAUCAAACAAGCUCACUCUCAGCUAACGCACGCCCGCUGGACGCGACUAUGGACCAAAUCACCCCGUCAUGCUUACAUGCAAUGCCUCGACCCGCAGGUCAUUCGAAGAUCAUUCAUCAAACUCAACGCUCUGCUCCCCAAACACCUCACCGGCCUCCUUAUGAACCUCCGAUCAAAACACAUCCCCCUCAACAAACACCUGCACCGCAUCCACAAAGCCGCUAGCCCUAUGUGCCCUCACUGCCUGGAAACAGAGGAACAUGGUACAUCACUUCCUAUUAGAAUGCACAGCAAUAUCGCAGAGAGUGCCCAUAUCCUGCAAUGCAAUCUAGGGAGGGACACGUCCUUCCAUCCCCCAUCUCCUGACCGACUCGGAAGCUGUAGAACACAUGGUUCGUUUCGUCAACUCUACGAAACACCUGAAAGUUAUCUUCGAUCGAAACACCAUCAACAAGACCCUGUCCUACACUACACCCUGUACCACUAA